GAUCACCUAUUUAGUAAAGGUUCUUACUGCGGUCAUGUAAUUGGUACGCAACCAGUAGAAGUAAUACCAGCGAAGAUUCUCAUCAACGAGCAUAAAAUGCGGGUCUAUCAGUUAUUUAAAACCAAGGUUUUGCAAUCACCAGGGUUAUUUAUGAAUUUGAAUAAAUUACGCGACAAAUAUUUUGUUGCACCACCGCGCCGAAAAUGCCUUGAACAGAUUGACGAUAUAUACUGUCACCACUACUUUAAACGCUGCUUCAUCGAUUCCUGGGGAUCCCAGAUGCUUUGUAGAGAAGCAUGCGAGGAAUUAAUUUUUCAAGUCUGUGAUCGUGAGUUUAAGGAAGCCUCAGAUUUCAACAAGGGGCGCGAUUCCCGCAAGGAUUUUUUUGGAUUCUAUUGGGACAUCAUCGACUGCACAAGAUUACCAUUUCGGAAUGAAUCCAACAACUGUUAUUAUCCAGACAAGGUCCGAGGUAGGUAAUACUAAGAAAGGGCUGUAUUAACGAUCCAAGCUCAUUAACAACCUAUGUAACAACCUAUGUUACUGCACUGCUAUAGACCGUUUUUAAGUAGAAACAAAACACCAUGAUCACUUUUAUUUGAUUUUGACAUGUCAAUUUCGUGCCUGUGCAUGCAGCGAGAACUCUGCUUUUAUCAUCCAAAGGAAAAGGAAAGAAAUUGGAUUUUUCUAGAGUGACGUUUUCAGGAGUCGGUGUCACGCUACAUGGUGUAUGACAUUCACGGACGUCUCUUGAGCUGAUCGAAUAAGGAAAACGACAUCUAUAAACGAAAUUAUAGCGGAGCUCCACACGCGCGCGAAGAGCGCGCGUGGGCGGAGCCCCAUAGCUAAGGUAAUCUACCCAUCCCAGAAAAUUUGGUAAUCACGUGACCGACCGAGCGACCUUCCGUCCGCACCACAGGCAUACCAAUGUUUACUCUCACACCUUCUAGCUACUUUGGGAGCCCAGGAGGAAGCUUAUUGCACAUCAAUGUUGUCAUCAAUUGAUGGCUGUCAAAACAGGGUAUCCGCUGACCAGUAUCACCUGACUGUAUCGUGGGUUCAGGUGUCGACCCAUCAAGGUGGAGUAUUUUUUUGAAGUUAUCCGCUGACUAUUUAUUCGUUUUCAAAUGAUUGUAGGCUCACGUUUACUUUUUUUUAAAAUAGAUAUCAAAUAUGUUGUGUUUAUGUCAGUAUCGCCCCGCACCAUUACGAUUUUGAUUUCAAACUGACCUCAGACGCAAAAUUUCAGCCAGUUUUUUUAAAAUACAGGCGGGGAAGACCUUUUCUUACCAUGGUCACGUGUUGGUCACGCUCCACAUCCAGUUUUUAUGCUCUGAUUGGUUAAAAUUUGACAGGUGAGUUCAUGCGUAAAAUUUAUGCAGCAUCUUGAAAGUUGUUUACUUUGACAGCUGAAGCUGACAGAGUUUUGAGUCAACUUGUGAUGUUUUUUACUGUCUUUUUCCACUGGAUGUACAAAAUGAAAUACAGCUGCUAUCAAGAGUGUUCUAUUAUUCAUGGCUGGUUUGUUUAUUGGGUUUUUGGUUGAGAAAUGCGACGCUUGCCAAAGCCGAUAAUCCGAUUUCGGAUGGCAUUGUUUUUGUUUUUCACCUUGCUGGAUGCGUGCGAGAAUUAUGAAGGCUCAAGCGAUCCUUGCCUUACUUGAUAGCUUUCAGGAGCUGCAUCUAGAAUUAUGGUAAGCCUAAGUAAUUAUUGUAUUUAUAUCUAAUUUCAUGAAGUCCAGCGGCGCAGUUUAUGAAGCUAGUUUAUGCACGUUUGUAUUAAGAUUUGACUGAGACACUGAUCUGACCUAGUAUGAGGUUUGAUAUAAGCUUAAGCUUACAGAACUUUAAAAAGCCUUUAGUCGGUAUUCAUUCACCGUAAAUAGAAAGAAAAGACUUUCCGAAGAAUAUUUAGUUAUAAUUUUGGCUGUGGAAAGAAAGCUUUGAGCGAUUUUCUUGUCCUGAGUUCAUCUUUGAAAACAGCAAACAGGCCCGGGAAACCGGCGGCUUAAAACAUAAACUUAAUCUUUAAGCUUACUAGUAAAGACUUGAGGAUUCUUAGAGACACUUAAAUACUCAUUUGUUUUCGUGAAUGAAAAUUGUUGUCUCUGUAAUUGUUCUACCGAAUUAUAUUUCUUUAUUGAUUAUUGGUAGUCUCAAAAGUGUGAUUUUCAUCGCCUUGCCGUUUGUUUUCAGUCGUUCAUAAACAUCGCUUGCAGGAGUAAUCAAAAUGCCGAGCGUAUCAAACGCUUUUUAAGGUUACACAUCGUUAUAAAACCAUGAAUAAAAAAUAGACUCAAUAAAUUCUUUAUCACUUUGAAGCGUAACUCUUAAAAUUUCUUCGCAAAUUUGGCGCUUGUCAAAAGUUAGAACCGGCUAGCCGUAUAGGUGAUUUUGGAAAUUUUUUGAACAGUUUCGCUGAUUAAAAAUACACGCGUGCUUCGAUGGUCCUGAAUAUUGAAUGAAUGCAAUUUGUCUUGAAAAAUUGUGAAAAACUGCGUUUUGUACGAGGUCUGAAUGAUAAAAACAGCGCCUCAUAGUACUCUUUCUCCUCAGAUGUGGUGUAUUAAAAAAAAUAAUAAUAAAAGGUUGGUUUGCACGCACCCAGAUUUAUUGGCAAGAAUUUGUAAAUUUGUCCAUCGCAAAAAAUUCGGCCUGAUUUGUUCUUAUCUACUGUGAUCAAGAGCCAUUAUUGCUCUUAAAUUUGACCGUACACCUUUUUGGGUUUAAAUAUAAGGCUAUAUCAACUCGAUACAAGAUUUGUUUCACUCCAAAAUCACUUAACUUUUCAAUGGGAGCUUCGCUUUUAGCCGUGGCUAAAUCUAUAUAUUACAUAAUCCCUAUUAAUCCUUCAUUUCUUGCAUUUGUCCUCUUAGACGAACUCAACGUCCUCAAGAGUGAAGGUAAGAUUAACCAACUGUCCCGUAAACCUGUUGAUAAAAAGACCUUUUCAAUGAUUAUUCAGGCAUUCGAUAAGAAAUAAAUAAUGUAAGACAGUAUGCAUAAAUCAGGCUCUUUUCAUCUCUCCACCUCUAGCCUGCGUGACAGGCGUUUGAAAGGGAAGGGAAGUGGAGUUUUAGACGCGAGUAACACAGACUGGUCAUUGCGCCUCUUUACUGACAAUGAACAACUACAGUAAACUCCAAGUGAAGCGUACCUUCAUAGAUUCUACUGAUGUGUAAAAGUGCUGUCACGCUACUUUCUCUGUUUUUAAAAAACUAAAACUGACGUCUUAGACUUCGCAUCAACUGAAUUCCAAAAAUAAUGAUUCACGUUUGUUGAUUUAAGGCUAUAUUUAGGCAUUGAAAGUGUUUCCUGUUUUCUUUUCCUGUCUUUUGUUGCAGCAGAUGGCAAGGACGGACAUGGAUUGAAACGUGAAAAAGUUGGCUCAACUUUUUCAAGUUUUGCUGCCGCCAUGCCUGCAAAAAUCGCCAAAAGAUAUUAUGAUUAGUGCUUCCUAGUAAAUUUUUUUUGAUAUCUUCUCCAAAAUUCUACAGGAGCAUUUUUCCUAUGGGUAAACUAAGGUAAUGCGUAAUGAAUUUAGCACAAAAUUGACUUAACAAAGCAACAUCAUCGUGAAAUAGCCCCUUUAAGAGUAUUUCUUUUUGUCAACUCCUGAUCCCUUCCUCAUGCAGCCAGCUCAUUACGGGCCGGAGCUUCCUUGAGUUGACAGUGACAAGCUCAGCUACAGGCUGAAAAGUUGCUCUUAUUCGGCCGUUCUUGUCAACCUCUCAUCAUGAACAUGCAAAGUGGAUUUUUGAUUUUUUCAAAAUAUUUUUCAUUUUUCUCGUGCUUUAAUCAGUCAAAUAGUCAAGACCCCCCUGUCAAUAUACUCCUUGAGUAACAUACGACGUGGUACAUGCAAAUUUGUAGCCAUGUCCGCAACAGUUGUUGGGGUUCUCCUAAAUCGACGAGUUUGUCAGUCUGUGAGCUCUAUACGUUACGGUCCUCGUAAUUCUUUUUGCCAUUAUUCAGUCUAAUUUGUCCCGUCUUCUUAUGGUUCUAAUCCAAGUCUUCUGAGUUCUAUCAGCUAUUAUCUGCUCUAGCUAACCCAUAACUUCAUGUUUUUUCUUGUUGCAGAUUGCUUCUAUGGAAACGGACGUGGCUAUCGGGGCAACGUAAGCACCACCAAAAAGGGCUACACUUGUCAGGCAUGGGAUUCACAGUGGCCCCACAAACAUGCGAUUAAUGGAUCCAUUUACGAGGAGGUCAGAAACAGCAGCAAUUAUUGCCGCAAUCCAGGAGGGUUUGGUUCGACAGGGACUUGGUGUUACACCACCAAUAUGAGCUUGCAGUGGGACUACUGUGAUGUACCUAAAUGCUCCAAUAAAAGUAAGUGGCUUAUACUGACUCAGUUACUUUAUUGUUUUAACUAAGCUUGCCCUGCAAGAGUUACGUACUGAACAAGUCAGCAAGUGUCACCUGCGAUCGCAUAAUGGUGUCUACAGCUGUACAUGUGAACAUAACGACAGAGAGUAUUUCCUAAAUGCUGUCUUUUAAAACAAAAAUAAAAACAUUUAAAACGGACUUAAGUGGCAAAUAAACGGCGCUUGUAUACUUUUGGAAGCACUUCAAAGCCCCCAGUUUUGAAAUUUCAGUCUUGCCCCUAAAAGGGCAUUUCGAUUGAGCCUAUUCCGGAAAAGGUCCUACUUUAAGGGAAAUUUUCACUGUAUGAUCUACAGAGAUGGCUACCAUACAAUAAUCCGAUGUGGUGUAGUAUUUUUUUGUAUGGUGACGAAAUUUCAAAAGAAGUGACUUGUAGCAGUUGUGUAAUUUUCUCUAAGUGAAGAGAUGUGAUACGAAGGUCAUAUUUUGCUCAUAACAUUGAUGAGGAUCAAAUUUUUAAAAUUGAAAGGGAAAGCAAUUUAGACAGCUUAAAAUUUAGGAACCAAGUCACCAUAAAGCACCAGUUUCCACAACGUUUACAGUUAACAAUGGGCGUUUUCAUGAAAAGUCAGUACGCUCAGGAUCAUAACCAGUACCAUAGAAAUAAUAGCUUUCUUACCAACGUUCAUGCUAGUAAAGCAUUUCGUCCACCCUGCCGCAGAACACAACAAACACACAUCUCGAUUUACCUGAUUAAUCCACGUAGUUUAUAGCAAAUAAUUGAAAGACACAUUCAUUUGGGUUCACAGACUCUGUGAAGUCUAUACCUUGCUUGUUAUCUACUACAACAACUCGUUUCUUCGCAAGUAAUCCCCACUUACGAUUUAUCACAGUUUGUUUCCUUUUUGCCUUUUUCAUUUAGCUCCAUCAAGCCCGCCGGCCGAUUUCAGGGGUCAUAAUCUGAGCUCAACAAGAAUUAAAGUCUUUUGGGGAGAUGUUCCAAAACAUUCUAUACAUGGAAUACUUAUCGGAUUCCAUGUGGCCUGUGAAAAGCUCGACUUCACUGACGAGCAUUUUGUCGACACCAAGUCUGAACAUCAUAACUGCGAGUUUACAGGAAUGGAAAAAUAUACUAAUUACAGCUGUCGGCUGAGAGCCUACAACAAUUUUGGAAAUGGUACAUGGAGUAAACAGCUUUUGAUUUCAACUGAUGAAGAUGGUAUGUGGAGAAUUCGCUUGGUUUGUUUGCUUCUGGAAAAAAAAAAUCCAUACAAAGAAACCAAUGGACAGAAAUAGCUCAGUCAGUGGCCUGAGAAAACAGCCGACAUUUGGCGACGCCAUCACUCAGUUUCCCCACCAAAUGACGUCUGAGAAAAGAGCGCAAAAAUUCCUUACUGAUGACGUGUCACUACUCAGAUCUGGGUAGCACUUCUGAUUGCAUUAUUGAAGAAAAUUUUUAGCCAACCAGAAGCACUACCCAGAUUUGGGUAGUGACGGGUCAUCAGUAUAGCAUUUCUGCGCUCGUUUCUCAGACUCCAUUUCACGNNNNAAAAAAAAAUCCAUACAAAGAAACCAAUGGACAGAAAUAGCUCAGUCAGUGGCCUGAGAAAACAGCCGACAUUUGGCGACGCCAUCACUCAGUUUCCCCACCAAAUGACGUCUGAGAAAAGAGCGCAAAAAUUCCUUACUGAUGACGUGUCACUACUCAGAUCUGGGUAGCACUUCUGAUUGCAUUAUUGAAGAAAAUUUUUAGCCAACCAGAAGCACUACCCAGAUUUGGGUAGUGACGGGUCAUCAGUAUAGCAUUUCUGCGCUCGUUUCUCAGACUUCAUUUCACGGAAAACCAGUGGUGGCGUCGCGAAAUGUUGGCUGUUUUCUCAGGUCUUAGUCUGAGUAGAGCACUGGUCUGUAGAGCCUGCUCAGGAGCUCGCGGUUUCGACCCUCGGGUCAGGACUAAGAGUCUCUUCAAAUGACUAAGAACUGACGCUGGUCCGAUGCUAAGGCAAACGAGAUGAGUCAGGUGUCUCUCGCUUAAGACGAAUGAAUUUGCUCAUCUAAGGUAAAUUCACGAGAGCAGUUGAGAGCAAGAGACGGUACACGAUUUGAACUAAUUGAAUAUCAAGAAGUCUGAAAAUGCCAAGGUUUUCUUGAGAUUGGGUUAGUAUGUGUAUAGGAAUGGGACUCAUCUAUAACUUACCAGUUGUUGCUGUAUCAAAACAAGAAAAGCAAGUUUUAAUUUGUUUUUGUAUUAAUUGGAAGCCCAAAUGUGGCAAAAAGCUGCAGGGUAUUAAUACGAUACUCUAAAAUGUUGUCUUCCAUCAUUCCAAAAGUUACUGUUGCGACUGUAAUUAUAGGAAUGAUCGCUUCCGUGUUAGAGGGAACAUGUCGGUAAGUCGGUUUUGAGAUUGCAUUUCAAAAUAGCAGGCGCAAAACGUCUCUCCUAGACUGCUUAGAGAUUUUAUUAUCUUUAUUUUUUAUGGACUAAAUUCCCUCAAAGGUUUUUUCACAAACUUUUCAAACCCUUUCUCCGCCAGAAGUUUUUUUUAUUCAGUGGCCGGUCACAAUUGACACGAGUCAAGACAACAUCAACGAGAUUUCUUCACUUUUUGGGUACAAACCGUAUAAAUGAGAUAGUUAAACAAUUACCAGUUUACUGCUCAAUCAUAAAACCUGGUUAGUUUAAAAUCCAAGAUGGAGGCCAAUAUAGCGACUAUUUAGGGUGACGUUUUUGCUUCACACGUUGUGAAGAUAACAACAGACCAUCUACUAAACGUUUGUACUUUUCCCCUCCCCUUUAACCACGGCUGGAGUGUGGAUUUGUCAACAUGCAAGAGUUGAUAGGGAAGUCACUUGUCCAUUGUCGAGGUAGGCACACUUAUUAUAAGUAAUCUUAAUUCACCUUUCUAUCUAGUUCCAGACCGCCCUCCUGAAGAAAUAUUAGCAAAAAGCCUUGGAAAGGAUGUGGUGCAGCUUGAGUGGAAACCAGUCCUCCCGAAAUAUGCGAAUGGAAAGGUUCUUGGGUAUAAACUAAUUUACGGUGUCGUUAACAGCAUAUUGCGAGCUAACAGCAUCGUACCUGCACCAGGACAUCGUCUAAAGAUCGGUGGACUGAAACCCAACACGAACUACAGCUUCCAGAUUCUUGCAUUUACCUCAAAAGGCAACGGUGCGACCAGUACAAACUUCUUCGCUAAAACGUCUUCAGGUACACUGGAAAUCAUUGUUACAAACAAGUAA